ACUCAGUUAGUUUAUACUGAUAGAGAUAGACCGAUUAAUAUGAAGGUUAUAGUAGCUGGGUUCUCUCCAAUGCAAGUCGCAUUGAAAGAGCUUGGUUAUAAUGUAUACGAUUAUAUGGAGAAUUACGAGUACCUUGAAAAAGAAUGGAAGCAGAUAUGCACGGUUGGAGGGUCGACUGAUUUGUUUCGUAAAAUGUAUCAGAAUGUUGAUGCGGUAACUGACCUACCUGGAUUUGUUUUCUGGGAAGAAAUCUUAAAAGCUUUUCCCGGUGUUAAGAUCGUCCUAACCAUGCGCGAGAAUGAAGAUAUUUGGUACGGAAGUUUCAAGCGGCAAGUCAAAGUGAAUGAGUCGUGGAUUAAUAAAAUAAAGAUGAUGUUCUCUUAUACAACCUACAAAUUCUAUCUAUACAGCAAGAUGCAAUUUAAAAUUGCGUACGGGUAUGAUAUUGGAACAAAGUUAAAUGAGACUUUAUGUAAACUCUACUAUCGUCGGCACAAUGCGCACGUGUUACAGAAUGCACCGAAAAAACAGCUUCUGGUCUUUAAUAUUAAAGACGGUUGGGACCCAUUGUGUCAGUUCCUCGGUCAGCCUGUUCCUGGGACCCCUUUUCCACACAAAAACAAGAAUGCAAGCAUCACAAACGAACAAAUGAAGACGAAUGCAACGUUUUUGCAGAUGCAAUUCGAAACGAAAAUGUCCUACUUCGUAAUUCUUUUUCUGAUUGUUGCAGUCAUAUUUUAUCAAUUGUGGUAGCAUGCUGCCGGUGCUUUCUUUUAAUAUGUAAAGGCGGUUACAAUUUUUUAAAUACCUCCACAACCAAUAAACCUAUUUAGAUCUCCGGUAUAUUUAUUGUUGGUGUAUAUAGUUAAGUGGGGGAAGACGGGACUCUUAAGCACAUUGUAAGAUCGGCAGUUAUAUAUAAUAUAUAUGUUUAGCGUUCCCGUCCUGGUUACAUCGUCGGUUAAUCAUUUUCAUAACCUUCUUUCCUCCUGUUGUCCUAUCGGCAUCGCAUCGCAGAGCGAAUAUGUCCCCCUUCGAUUCCCGCAAACCCAGUAGCUCCCAUUUCUGCUAUAAAUUAUGAUGCUUUUUCCCUUCACCCAAUCUAAACUAAACGAAUUAAUAGCGUU